UUUGUGUUUGGAAAGCAGUAGGAGAGAGAAUGGAGAUGAAGGGAUUAUUGAAGAUUAUGGUGGUGGUGGUGAUGGUGAUGGGUGGUUGUAGGGGAGAUGUGAACUCCUUCAGAGAUUGCUAUGCCAAAUGCUUUAUUUUCUGUAUGAUUGAACCCAAUAAAAGUCUAUGCACCUGCACAACUCAAUGCCUCAAAGAAUGCAUCUUUCCAUCUCUUCCAUCUGCCAUUGAUCAACACUCACAAAACCUUGCUUAUUGCAAGCUUGGAUGUGCCACUUCUAUGUGUUCCAACAUCAGCAAAACACACAAUCCAGAUGGAAAGAACAUGGAGAGUUGUGUGGGAUCAUGUUCAAACAAGUGCACCAUGAGCUACUCAUCUUCAUCACCUUGACUUGAAUUUGAUUUUAUUGUUUCGAAAAUGUAUUGUUUUGUCGUUAUUUUCGUAUCAUUCAGUAUUUGAGAUUUAACUGCGACAUUUUAUUUGUAUGUGGUUCGAACAGUGUUAGAUUGACUUAUUCAAUUCAGUUCGAUAUGGUUUUGUUGUUA